GUGGGCACAGGUGGGUGGCACUGGUGGGCACAGGUGGGUGGACACAGGUGGGUGGCACUUCUGGGCACAGGUAGGUGGCACUUCUGGGCACAGGUGGGUGCACUUCUGGGCACAGGUGGGUGCACUGCUGGGCACAGGUGGGUGCACUGCUGGGCACAGGUGGGCGGAACUUGCGGGUGGCACUGCUGGGCACCGAUCAUCAGGGCACUGAUCAUCAGUGUCCUGAUGAUCGGUGCUGAUCCCCGCUGUGACAACUGCCGGUUCUCGGCAGUACUUUCCUCACGAUCUGACAGCGUGAGGAAAGUGCAGCCGAGAACCGGCAUUUGAAU